AUGGUUAAGCUUUGCCAUAAAAAAUCUCAUCUCGAAACGUUGCCUCAUGUCUUGUCGUUCGGUGUCCCGUGGAGAUUAGGCGAACUUCAUGAGAAUGAUUUGGAUCGACUACAAAUUGCAUCUGCUUCAAGCCCACGGGCCUUGAGCUCAAAACCUCUCGCAUAUUGGCCGGAUGGUUCCAUCAAAUGGUCUGCUCACUCCACUCUUGACGAUGGAACACUAAGUGGUGACUUGUCUUUGGGACUCAAGGAGACGACGCAUCAGGACACAACUGCAGUUUUUUCAAUUCCCGAAACAAAAAAUGUGGCUAUUGAAACCCCUAACCUGCGAGUUGAGUUCGGAAAUGCUGGUGAUGAUUGCGUUAUCAAGAACCUAAACGAUACAGUCUACAAUGGCCGUAGUCAUUUGCAAGUAAUCGAUGAGUCAGCAAACACGCAAAUCAGCGUAGAUUCCAAAGUCCUAUCUGUGGAAAUAGAGUCACGAUCUCACGUUCAGAUUGUGGUCCUUGUCACUGGUGCUCAUGUGAUUGCUAAUAAAGUCCCUACGCAGGUUCCGUAUCAGCUUCGUUUUUAUAUUGGUCUGCAUUCUGAUGUCAUAGCCGCACAACAUACAUUCUUGUACCAGCUUCCUGAAGGCCUCAGAUUGAAAAGUUUAGGUAUUUCAUUUGACAUUGACCUGGGUACUUCGCAGCCAUUUAAUAAAUAUGUAAGACUCGGUGGUUCAGAAGGUGGAGUACUUGCUGAAGCCUCUCAAAACCUUACUGGUCUUUGGAAACCGGUACCAAAAGCCAUUUCAAAAGGACAAGUAUUGGGAGAAAGGCUCCCAGACAUUGCAGACUGGGACUAUGAGUGGAAGGAUCUCUUGAAGUACGUCGUACGUUGGAAUGAUUUUAAACUCUCUCAGUUAUCGCCCUAUGGGUUUGAACUGAAAAAAAGAGUUUCCGAAAAGAACUCUUGGGUUAAAAUAUCUUCAGGAACGAAGAGUGAUGGAACUGCUUUUGUCGGUUCGUCUAAACGAGGGUUAGGAAUCGGUCUGAAAAAUUUCUGGGAGCAAUAUCCCGUGGGCCUAGAAGUUGCCAACUUAGACUUAAACCUAGCAACUCUGACUCUUUGGUUGUAUUCGCCCGACAGUGAACCUAUGGAUUUAAGGCCUUAUCAAAACUUGGAUUUGCCUACUUAUGAAGAGCAAUUGGAUGCAAUGAAGAUCACCUACGAAGAUUGGGAGCCAGGUUUCUGCGACCCUUACGGGAUUGCUAAAACCCACGAGUUCCAACUUUGGACUCCAAAGUCAACUCCUUCAAAAAAAGAGUUUCAGAAAUUCUCAAACACUGUAAGGGCAACAAAUCUAAUUGUUCCUGAGGCUCAACAUAUUUUCAAGACUAGAGUGUUUGCUGACUACUGGGCACCAGGUCCGCACAUAGCCCCAGGAGCUGAUGCUUCUGGUGUCGAUUCCAAUCUCGAGUUCCUCUUUGAUUAUUAUGAAGCUCAGAUUAAAGAGAACAGUUGGUAUGGAUUUUGGGACUUUGGGGACGUGAUGCAUACUUAUGAUGCGGACCGACAUUGCUGGAGAUAUGAUGUUGGAGGUUAUGCUUGGGACAACUCAGAAUUAUCAACUGACCUUUGGUUGUGGCUAUACUUUUUACGUACUCAGGAUAUACGGGUCUGGGAUGUUGCGAAAGCCAUGACUAGACACACCGGUGAAGUUGAUGUCUACCAUAGUGGAAAAUGGAAGGGUCUAGGCACCAGGCACGGCGUGCAGCAUUUUGGAGACAGUUGCAAACAGCUCAGAAUCUCCAACGCUUUAUACCGCAGAUUUUUCUUCUAUUUGAGUGGAGGCGACGAACGUACUGGUGAGCUUAUGCAAGAACUGAUCGACUCACAAAAUUCUCUAACCGUGCUUGACUCUCAUAGAAAAGUGAGAAAGGCUCCAGACGUACUACCCCCUAGACAUGUGCUGGUAAAUAUAGGAACAGAUUUUACAGCCUUAGCAUCGGCAUGGUUCACUAACUAUGAGCGUCGUUCUUCCGGUUGGCAGAGGUCGGAGAAGCUUAUUAAAGGGUUUCUCAAGACGUUUGAGGUAUUAGAUUAUGGCUUUGCGACUGGCACUGUUCUAAUGAACUUGGAUAAUGGUCAAAUAACCAAACCUUCUUUGCCAUUGGCGCCAUAUGCUAUAUCCCAUCUUUCAUCAGUAUUUGGUUUAACAGAAAUACUGAGUGAAUUAUUUAUAAACUUCCAGAAUGACGACUUGAUUGAAGCUGUGAAACGAGAGUGGAUUCGUUACAGUUUGGCCUACAACGGCGGAGAAGAGAAACAGCUUGAACUUUACGGGUUCAGCUUCGGAGAUAAAAUUCUUCGACAGGGGCAUGCCAGGUUAAUCUCUCAUUCGAGUGUUUUAACAAACGAUGAGUCUUUGCAGAAGGAAGCUUGGAAUCAAUUUUUCACUUUGACUGAUGAAACCGAGUACAAGGGAAAACAAUGGACUACAGAAAAGCUCGAUACGUCUGAAACAGUCAACAAACAGUCUGCUGCUUGCGGAUGGAUCACUACCAAUAUUACCGCACAAUACGGAAUUGCAGCUCUGGCACUAUUGGGCCGAGAUGCAUACUGGGCUGGUCAAAACUAG